AUGGAGAAGAGGCACGGCUCGCCCACUACGGCCGGCAUCGGCUUGCUGCCUAAUACCCGCACUGGUGAUCCUUGGAUUGGUCAACCUAAAUACAGUCAAGGCAUAACGGCGACGAUCUCAAUCAUCAUUUUCCUUUUUGCACUGGCUUCACUUCAUUCGCGAUGGCAGCGCUCGACCAAGGCAGCGCCAGCCUCGAGCUCUGGUAGACUCACUCGACCCGUCGCAGCACUCCGCAUGCUUGCCUAUCGACAUCUGCCGUCUUUUCGCUUGGCGUCCAUCAACUUCCGUCUGCCCGUUCUCGGAGCUACUUUGGGAUUGAGCGCCUUCAUGCUUGGCUUCACUAUCUGGGCCUUUGUAGUGCAACCGUAUUACCGUGUCGACCGCAGUUUCGGUAGCCCGCCCCUAGCUCUGCGCGCUGGCAUGAUGGCGCUUGGGCUGAUGCCUUUCAUCUAUACAUUAGCUUCAAAAGUCAACUUUAUUUCUCUGCUUACCGGAGUAAGUCAUGAGAGGCUCCAAAUUUUCCACCAAUGGCUCGCUCGAUUUAUGCUUUUCCUCGCCACGGUCCACGCCAUUCCAUUCAUCCAUCAACCCUUGGCCGACCAUGGCGUUACUGGGCUACGAGAAGAGUUCUUCUCAGACAGCAUCAACACAACUGGUGUUAUCGCGUAUGUAUGUCUGUUUGUGCUUUCAUUUGCCAGCACAACUGGCAUUCGCGAACGAUGCUACGAGCUUUUUCUGCUCAUCCAUGUACCCGUGGCGGUCCUCUUCCUGGGCUACAUGUUUGUGCAUUGCCAGGCGAUGCUGACAUCUUGGAGAUAUCUCUGGGCUACCACAGCCUUGUACAUGCUGUCUGUGUUCUUGCGAUUCGCCACUCAGCUCCAGCAGAACAGCUUCCUGUCGCUCGCAAAGUGCCGUGUCGAAGCCAUGCCAAGUGACUUUGCAAAGAUAACGGUAGAAUCACCUAUGCGAUGGAGGCCUGGGCAACAUGUGUUUGUGCGCUUCCCUGGUCUUUCACCUCUGUCAGCGCAUCCCUUCACCAUCAUCUCAAUGCCCUCGGCCGACGAUCAGCAGUUGAUGUCGACCAUCGUACUGAUGGUGAAAGCCCGCAAAGGCCUCACAAAGCGCCUCUACGACCGAGCAGUUCGGAUUCAAGGCGAACAAGCAGCAAAAGGACUCGAACUCUCAGCAGUGCUUGACGGCCCGUAUGGACAAGACGCCAGCGUCGCCACCUACCAUCAUGCCUUGCUGUUGGCUGGUGGGAGCGGCAUUACCUUUGUCCUUGCAUCGUUGCUUGAAGUGGUAUGGCUUUGGCAGAAGAAAGCUGCUACGACGCGGCGUAUCCACCUGGUAUGGUCCAUGCGCGAUGUGCAAUCGCUCAACUGGGCCCGCCAGCAUCUCGUCACCGUUGCUUGCCUUGCACCUCAAGACGCUCUUAAAGUAACGAUCUAUGUCAGCGGGGCAGACCCGGCAUCUCAAAACCUUGACCUACCAGCAAGUUGGGAAGUGCAGUGGGGCGUGCAUCCCGAUGCUGCCUCUGUCUUGUCGGAAUUCAUUCAAGGGAUAUCCGUUCCGACGGAGAAAGACCCAGACACCGAAAAGGCAUGUCCGAGCAACUCGAGCACAGGCCCGAUCGAGGGUCCCGCCUCUGCAGCUGUGGUCGUAUGCGGCCCUUCCGGAAUGGUUAAGGACGCUGCGAAUGCAACAGCAACGCUUCAGCGCGACAUUCUAUGCGGCAAGCUGUCCAGUCUUGAUAAUGUUUCUCUGAUCACUGAACAUUUUGGCUUCUAA